CCCGUUAAACACGAAGAAGAGUUUGAGCAUGGCGGGCUUGUCAGUGGUAAACGUCUAAAAGCUGUUUUCGUCUGUGAAUUACUUGCAGCAUUUUCAGUCAUGAGCGAAUUCAGGAUUUAUCAUGAUGUCAAUGAGCUGCUCAGUCUUCUUCACAUUCGUGGAGGCGAUGGGGCUGAGGGUUACAUCGACCUGUUGCAGAAACACAGGACUCCGUAUGUCACCACUGCUGUCUCUGCCCACAGUGCCAAGGUCAAAUUAGCAGAAUUUUCAAAAACGCCUGAAGAUUUCCUGAGAAAAUACGAAGAGUUGAAGUCUAAAAACAGAAACCUGGACCCUCUGGUCUACCUGCUGUCCAAACUCUGUGAGGACAAAGAGACACUCCAGUUCUUGCAGCAGAAUGCCAAAGACAGGUCAGAGGCAUCAGCGAAUGCCACUUCAACCACCACCAGCAGUGUCACAAUGCCCCAGACCAGCACCAAGAUGUCCAUGCAGGAAUUAGAUGAGCUGAGAAAGAAGCUGGACAACAUGACUGCCAGCUCCAAUGCUCCACUGCCUGCAGAGGUCACCAGGAAAAUGCUGAGAGACAAACACAAUAAGAAGAACCCGACACAGCUGAACCCUGUGUUUCCUCCAUGGGUGUACGACCGCCCAGCUCUUCUAGGAGACUUCAUCACAGGAACUGUCCCACCUGGAGAUUCCGCAGUGGCUGUCGGUACGAUGCCAUUGGCUGCUCAGGAACAAGCUCUUGUCGAUGACCUCUUGUUUGUACUGAUCGGGGUGGACGGGCGAGAUAUCACAGCUCAGCCAGUACUGGGCCGACAGAACCGCUCAUUUAUCAUUGACCCAACGCUUGACAUGUCAAUUAAGGAGCUGGUGAACAGGAUCUUACCGGUGGCAUCAUACUAUUCCACUAUCACACGUUUUAUCGAGGAGAAGUCGUCGUUUGAGUAUGGUCAGGUGAACCAUGCCCUCACUGCUGCUAUGAGGACCCUGAUGAAGGAGUACCUGAUCCUCAUAACUCAGCUGGAGCAUCUGCAGCGCCAGGGUCUGCUUUCACUCCAGAAGCUCUGGUUCUACAUUCAGCCAACCAUGAGGACUAUGGAGAUUCUGGCCUCUAUCGCAUCCUCUGUGGACAAAGGCGAUUGUAUGGGCGGCUCCACUCUCAGUCUGCUCCAUGAUCGAACCUUCAACUAUACCGGCGACAGUCAGGCUCAAGAGCUGUGUCUUUAUCUCACUAAAGCAGCCAGUGUUCCAUAUUUUGAAAUCCUGGAGAAGUGGAUUUACAGAGGAAUCAUCAAAGAUCCGUACAGCGAAUUCAUGGUUGAGGAGCACGAGUUGCAGAAAGAAAAGAUCCAAGAAGAUUAUAAUGACAAGUACUGGGACCAGCGCUACACCAUCGUGCAACAUCGCAUUCCAUCCUUCUUGCAGAAAAUGGCGGACAAAAUACUGAGCACAGGUAAAUACCUUAAUGUGGUGAGGGAGUGCGGCCGAGACGUCACAUGUCCUGAUGCCAAAGAAGUUCUUUACACACUGAAGGAGCGAGCAUAUGUGGAGCAAAUAGAAAAAGCUUUUAACUAUGCCAGCAAGGUUCUACUGGACUUCCUCAUGGAGGAGAAGGAGCUGGUCUCAAGGCUCAGGUCCAUCAAACACUACUUCCUGAUGGACAAGGGUGAUUUCUUUGUCCACUUCAUGGACUUGACAGAGGAAGAGCUUCAGAAGCCGGUAGACGAUAUUGUUCCUCCCCGCCUGGAGGCACUGCUGGAGCUGGCUCUGAGGAUGAGCACCGCGAACACUGAUCCAUUUAAAGAUGACCUGAAGAUUGACCUGAUGCCUCACGAUGUUAUCACUCAGCUGCUGCGAGUACUGGCUAUUGAGACCAAGCAGGAGAAGUCCAUCAUCAACUCUGAGCCCACAGACGUGGCUCUCAGUGGCCUCGAGGCUUUCUCCUUCGACUACAUUGUCAAGUGGCCGCUCUCACUCAUCAUCAACAGGAAAGCCUUGACAAGAUACCAGAUGCUCUUCAGACACAUGUUCUUCUGCAAACACGUGGAGCGGCUGCUGUGCAACGUUUGGAUCAGCAACAAAGAUUCCAAACAGUAUUCUUUGCACUCUGCUAAAUGGUUUGCUGCAGCCUUCGCUCUCCGUCAGAGGAUGCUCAACUUUGUGCAGAACAUCCAGUACUAUAUGAUGUUCGAGGUGAUGGAGCCCACGUGGCAUGUCAUGGAGAAGAACCUGAAGACGGCCUCCAACAUUGACGACGUGCUCUGCCAUCACACCAGCUUCCUGGACAACUGUCUGAAGGACUGCAUGCUGACCAACCCGGAGUUGUUGCGCAUUUUCUCCAAACUCAUGUCCGUCUGCGUCAUGUUCACCAGCUGCAUGCAGCGAUUCACUCAGAGUUUGAGGUUAGAACGACUUUCUAGAGAAGAUGGAGCGUCAAACCUCAGCGAUCAGGUCGAGGAGGUGCCGAAAAAGAAGACAACCACCAAGUUCUCAGCGGAGCACAUGGACGCUCCACUGUCCAAUGUCGGCUUCGAGACAACCAUCAGCAAGUUUGACAGCAACUUCAGCUUGUUGCUCCUGGACCUGCUGGACAAACUGAGCAUCUACAGCACCAAUGAUUGUGAGCACAGCAUGAUCAGCAUCAUCUACAGACUGGACUUCAACGGUUUCUACACCGAGCGUCUGGAGAAAAUGGCCAUUGAAAGGAGUCAGAAAGCAGCAGCGUGAAAUCCCACUCUUCAAGAAAAGUCUUUGUGAUAUGUACAUAAUGUGUAAUAUACUAUGUGGCUGUUGUCAUAUUGCUGUUAAAAUGUAACUAAUGCAACAUCCUAAAUGUUAAAACAUGUAUGCUUGCAAUGAUCUGCAAUAAAUGUGAUACACGUCACCCUAUGA